AGGGGAUUGGGCUCCCUAUGGAGUGAGCUUUCACUUUACACACCAGCGCACUGAAUAAGCAAAUUCACGAGAGGCAGACACCAAAGCCAGCUCAGACGCAUUUGGGAACUUCACAAGGAGAAAAACCUUCAGCCAUGAGUGGUGAAACUCCAAGAAGACGAGGAAGACCUCGAGGCUCGAGAAAUCGCACCUCUAGAAGUUCGGGGAGCGAUUCGGAAACAGAUGUCCCACCAAAGAGGGCAAGAGAAGAAUCAGCGGGUGUCAGGGCUGGGAGAGCUGGGGAGGGGGAAGGGAGAUCAAGUACCCUUUCUAAUGACGACUUUCGUAAGAAUGUUGGCUUGCUGAAGGAAAACCACCACAAACAAAUCAACUCUCAGCUUAAACCCAUUGAGGUGGACUAUCAUGAGGAAGCCAAUCGCAAGGCACACAAUACUGCCUUUGAGCAGAAGGGGCUGAUUGUCAGAAGAGGCCAGGAGUUUGAACUGACCAUCAAGUUUGAUCGCAACUAUAAUGCUGACACUGAUCAACUAACAUUGCAGCUGGUGACAGGGGAGCGCCCACAACAAAGUAAAGGGACAAUUGUCCGCAUUAAGGAACACACUGCCACAACUCGUGGGUCAUGGAGUAUGGAGGUUACCAGUGUGAAGGGCGACAGCGUAAGCGUAAAAGUGUUGUCACCAGCAACGGCCCCUAUUGGGAAAUAUCAGCUAUACGUUGAGACUGAAGUCAAGGGUGCAAAGGACGGCAAGAAGCUGAGAUUCCGGUCCAUGCAAGCCGUGAUUAUUGUGCUGUUUAACGCAUGGUGCAAAGAUGACGACGUUUACAUGAAGGACGAAUCGCACCGCCAGGAGUAUGUCAUGAAUGAGACCGGACGCAUCUGGGUCGGAAGCAGUAGGAACAACUAUGGAAGACCUUGGAACUUUGGUCAGUUUGAGGAUGUUGUUCUUGAGAACGCACUAUACUUGCUCGACAAGGCCGAGCUUGGAAUCUCAGCUCGAUCCAGUCCUGUGGUGAUCUCCAGGGUGAUAUCACAGAUGGCUAACCAUAACGAUAGAGAUGGUGGCAUUUUGUACGGUCGAUGGACGGAGAAAUAUCCAAAGAACAGUACAAAGCCUUGGGAUUGGGUCGGGAGCGUUAAAAUCCUGGAAAAGUUUGAUCGCAGGAAAUACAUGGUGCGGUAUGGUCAGUGCUGGGUCUUUUCCGGUCUCGUCACCACAUUAUGCCGAGCUCUUGGUAUUCCGACUCGCAGCGUGACGAACUUCAAGUCUGCUCAUGACACUGAUUCGAGUAUGACGAUUGAUUUUCACUUUGAUGAAGCAGGUGAACCUAUGGACGACCUCGAUGACUCGGUCUGGAACUUCCAUGUUUGGAAUGAAUCUUUCUUUAAGAGACCAGAUCUUCCCGCUGGUUACGACGGAUGGCAGGUUCACGAUGCAACACCACAGGAAACCAGUGAAGGAGUGUUCCGGUGCGGCCCAUGCCCUGUCAAAGCCGUGAAAAACGGAGAAGUUUAUGUGCCAUACGACACCAAGUUCGUGUUUGCUGAAGUGAACGGGGACAGGGUAUAUUGGGAUGUUCACAGCGAUGGCGAAAUGGAAGUUUAUCGUAUCGACAAACAGAGCAUUGGGAAGAAUAUUAGCACCAAAGCUGUCGGCAGCGAUGAAAGAGAGGACAUUACCCAUUUAUACAAGUUCCCCGAAGGUAGCCAUGCGGAGCGGGAGGCCGUUCACCUAGCCCAUAAGUACAGCAGCCGACGCGACGAAGACAUCUACGAGGAAAAGAGAGUCAACGACGUUACUUUUGCUCUUGACGUAAAAGAUGACGUCAUCAUCGGCAGUGACUUUGAUGUCGUUUUAAAAAUGACGAACACCUCCAAGGAAAAACGUACUGUGAAGAUUGCUAUGACAGCAAAGUCGACUUUCUACACUGGAAGGAGCAAUUAUAACGUCACUAACCUCAAAGAUGAAGUGGAGCUGGAAGCCAAUAAAGAUAAGACCAUCAUCCUGGCGAUAAAACAGGCGGACUAUGUUAGACCCAAACAGAAAUGCGAUGAACCUAUGAACAUCUUCGUCCGCGCUCAUGUCCAACAGACAGACCAGCGGUAUGCUUCCAUGGAGACGGCAACACUGAAGAAGCCAGUGUUAAAGGCGAUGCUACCGAAGAAGGACCCAAAAGCUGGCGAAGAGUUCGAGAUGAAGUUUUACUUCACCAACCCCCUACCAAUCAAACUGACUGACAUAUCCUUUGACAUGGAGGCAUCUCGCGUAAAACCAAGAUCCCUUGAGAAGUUCAUCAAGACUCCUGUUGGUCCGAAUGAGAAAGCGACUGUGACCAUAACCUUCAAGAGUUCAAGAAGGGGCAAGCGGGAAAUCACCGCCACCUUCUCGUGUGACCAGCUCGGGGAGAUUACCGAGUCUUUCAACCUGCGCAUCAAGUAAUGCGCGUUCGUCAAGGGCAACUAUAGCUAAGGAGUGUGUAACAACUCGCCUACCGAAAUAGCCCACAGGCUUAUCAUCCUAAUGAUUGGCACGCCGCGAUAGUUCACAGAACGGGAUUCAGAUUUUUUUUCUGUCAUAGAAUAAAGGUCAACUGACAAUCUUUACGUUGUCUUCAUGCCUAGUGGGAGAACAGUCGAGUAAGAGAAAGUAAUGAGUGUUAAUUUAACUUUUCUAUGACAGAAAAAAUCUGAAAUCCGUUCUGUGAACUAUCGCGGCGUGCAAAAAAACAGCAUUAGGAUGUAAGCCUGUGGCUAAGUAAUUCAAUAAAUUGUAGAAUCCUAGCAAUUCACGUGUAUGAUCGCACUUCACAUUGCAUGCACCUUUUUCAAAAUACGUUGUCAGCGCAAAUAGCAAAUGGUAAAUUGCUAAAUGGUAGUUCUGUUGUAUCAAAUAAUACCUUGUGACUCAUCGUAAUAUUUCUAUUUGCAGGAAUAUAAGAAUAACUCAUACGAUUCUUACGUUUGAUCUUUAUUCUUUCAAAACAAACUACCCAUAAGCAGGGAUUGAUUUUAAAACUGCCAUUAGUCAUCCUCCAUUUUAUAUAAGGCCAAAAGGAUAUGCCAUUUCCCUCUAAGACCCGAAUAGUCUCCUUAAAAUUUUUGUAACACAAAAGCUCGCGCUAAUGGGUGUUAGUGCGUUUGACAGUCUUUACAUCUACAGUAGUAGGGUAUAUGGUAUUAGAAAAAAAACAUCCGUGAUAACCAACUGGUUUUAAUGGUAUGAUUAGAAAAAAAAAACUAGAUGGUCUGCCUAGGCAUUUUGUAGAAAAGUUAUAAUUCAACACAAGGAUGUAAAAGUAUGUUGUACGCGAUGAUGUUUCGAGCUUUGGCCCUACGUCGGAGCAAAAGCAACGACGACUGGACGAGAAGGCGUAGAACAUACGUUUCCAACCUUAUAUUGAUUUAUAGUUUAACUGGUUUUCAGUUUAAAAGAAGCGAGUAUAUUCAAGUUUAGAUACUUUAGCAAAUCGAGUGUAAAACAUUCGAUCGAUUUUGAGAGAAAAAUAGCAUGUUAUGGUUAGUCUAGAUACUAGCACUAAGGAAAAAAGUUAAACAUUUGAUUUUGAGAGAAAAAUAGCAUCGUCAUGCUGCUUUUUCCUUUACUGUUGUUUUCAAUGUUGUGCGAAUUAAAUCUCGCCGACGAUUUUCACCAGAUAAAUCGCCUUCUUGCUCCCUUCAUUCAAAAUUUUUGAAGCGUUUUCAUUAACCAGCUCUGAAGUUGUUUACAAUCAUGGCACUAAAACAGAUAAGAGGAGCAUUUUGCAGCAGAGCAAAAUGUUUUAUUUUGAAGUCAGAAAUGUGUAGCUCCAGAAAAUAUCCAUACCCCCUCCCCCCAUUGAGGGGAUUGGAAAUUCCAGGGGGGUGGGGGGUUCAAACGCCCAGGAAUUUCCAGAGGGGAGGGCGGGUAAAAUUCCCUUUUUCCCUAACAGUUACUGUCUUUAUUUUUUUCCAGCGGGUUGGAAAUUCCAGAGGGAUGGGGGGGUCAUACCUCCGACCCCCUCAAUAGGGGGGGGGGGGGGGUAUGGAUAUUUUCUGGAACUACACAAUGUUAGAUCUUCUACCCUCGCCGUGAUCCUGGGCUAUCUGUGAUAAGACGCAAAAAGAGGCAUGACAAGACUAGACGUUCUCGCUAAGACUUCUUAAUUUCUUUUUCUCAAUAAAGUUUGUUCAAUAACCUGA